UCCUUUCAGUUCCGGCAGCAGGCAGUUGCUGUUCAGAUGGGUUGCGUUGUUUGCCGCACUAUUUGUGCAGUUUCUGUUCUGGGAGAGAUGAUUGCAGAUUCGAAUGCUUGCAUUUCAGAUCUCACGACCUGGUCUUAAGUUUUUCUUUUAACUGAACGACUGGAUUGAUUUUGUGGGCAAACCGAAAGGACCUGAAUAAUCUGAGAAACAAUGUGGGCGAAGUUUGUGCUGAUUUUAUGCCAGCACUUUAUUCUUUCCUUGGCAACUAAUAGUCCGGCUCCGCACGGAACUGCACAAACUGGUUUUACAACUACAUUUACAUCAGAAAAUUCAUCUACCAAUUUUAGCUCACAAACGCCUCUCACCACAAACUUACAAAACACAGCAGCAACAGAUGUAGAAACAUAUCCUUCACCUUCUUCCUUCACCCCAACUAUCUUGACAAACACAAGUCACGUAACGAGCACUGUGUUAUCAUCUGCAUCAUUGAACACCACUUCUCAAUACCUCUCUCCGCAUCUUAAUGCUACAACCAUGUUAUCAACAUCAGCUCCCAACAUAACUUUGAAUAGCUCAGUCGUGGUGACCAGUUAUUCACUCAAUGUAACAAAUAGCUCAUCUCAGACUGAUAAUGCAACCAGUGUAAAUAGUACAACAUACAGUCCUAUGACAAGUAACACGACCCAUACAACGUCACUUUAUACUAUUGACACCAACAAUUCUUUCACAAGUAUGAAACCGACAUCCAUUCCAAAUAGCACACAGCACAAAGAGUUUACCACUAUAAAAGUCUUUACUACCACCUUUACAACACCAGAAGCUAUCACCACCAUUCUAUCAUCCUCAAACACAACAUAUUUGCCAAACACCAGUACCACGACCAACAAUACAGAACAUCAGGAUAGGAUUGCAUCUCCAAGCAAAGCAGGAACAGCUUUAACUGUUAUAGUGUGUUUGCUUGUUGUCGUCGCAAUAAUUGGGUUGGUGAUAUACUUAAAGAAACGGAGAGUGUUCUAUAGCCGCCUGGAGGAAGACUAUACAACUGGAUCUUGGAGCAAUUACAACAAUCCUGUGUUUGAAGAUUUAUGACAACAUUUUUUUAAGUUAUUACUUUUACGUACAAGAGGCAUCAAGCAACAAAUGUACAUAUCAAGCAUUUUCUUGAAAACAAUGUUAAAUUCUGAAUGCUUUUUCAUUUUGUUGGAAGCUGGAAAACAAGGUGAAAUUAGUCUUGGGUGCUAGCAAAAAUUGGUAAUUGUAAUUCAGCAGCCAAUGUGCUUUAUUUACCUUGUUGGCUGCUUUGAGUUACUCCCCAGUCCAAUUUAGUGCUCUCGUACCCUAGUACUCAACAGCUUUAUUUUCACUCAUAGAAUCUAUUUAAGGCUUUUAACUUGACAACAUCAACAGUACUUGAUCAAGUUAUCAAAUUACAGUGGCAGAUCCUGGUAUAUAGCAACUGCAACCUGAGCUGGUGUUUUAUAUGUCAACCUUGCAGACUUGUUUUUGAAAAUCUCAGCUUCAUUUUCUUUAAACUUGCUUAAGAAAGAAGUUGGCUGCAUGGUUAAAAUGUACUUUAUUUUCUGCUGAUAUAAAUAAUGUUAAUAUUCAAGCUUGACUAUAAUAACUAGCCCAUGUAGUUAUUGUUACAUACAUACAGCAAAUUUGACUAACUACAGACUAGCAUGUAGAAAAGUAGUUUCUGUUCCUAACAGGAAUGUUUUGUGUUUUAGUGGUCAACUGAUAUCAUCAAAGAUGCAGCUGAAAAGCUAAACACUUUGUCGCCAACCUUGGAUGCACAGUAUUUACUAUAACGUUUAUUUAAAGAGAGGGACCUUGAUUUUAUGUUGACUUGAUUUAUUACUGAUGCAUGAUUUAACAUUGGUCAAGUUACCUUAGAUUAGUUAAAAGUAUAUUUCAAACUACUGCAAAAUCUAUCUUUGAAUACAGCUAAAGUUCUUAAAAAAUGAGAAUACCUCAACCAAAACAGGUUAUUAAACUGUAAAGAUAGUCAGGAAUCAAGAUGUAGACAUUUUGAUUGUAUAUUUAUGCAGAAAAAGGAAUCAUGAUAAUGCUUCCUGUCAAACAUGCUGGAUAAUCAUAACCUGUCCUUUUUUAGCUUGCCUGUAUAAUAUGAAGAAGGAAUACAGGUGGUGUUUUUACUGUGCAGAAUGCCAAAUAUGACAUUGUAUCUAUGAUGUCAUGAUUGGGCUCAAUGCUUGCUUCAGAGUUUUAAGGAAUAUCUAGCCUAGAUACAAGUUAGAAUGUAGUAUAAAAUAAAACACAUGGUAAAUGGUGGUUUCAAGGCUUUUAUUCAAUAAGCAAUUACAUGUAAUGAUAUUUAUAUGUAAUCUAUGAAUUUGGAUGUGGUCACACUAUUAUCCGUUUUCCUGAGCGUUAUUGCUGAUAGAAUGGAUAUGAUGAGGAACACCAUUUGUUACAAUAAAAUACUUUUUUAAAUGACUAUUUUGGAACAAUUUUGGCAUAGGUUCAGAUUUUUUUAUGUCCUACACUAUUCAGCAAAGCAUGGAAGAAAAGCAGUCUUCCUUUUUGCUCAAGAAUCCAAAUUUCUACCUGAUCUUAGUUCACCAUUGGUGCUUAACAUGAACUGGUGAGACAAGAGAUCAACAGACAAAUUUAUUUUAUUCCUCUACAGCUGAUGAAAAAAUUAGAACAGAAUAAAUUUGGCUCCCCCAAUGUAAAAAAUAAAAAUUUGCUCAUUGUUUAUAUAUAAUCAUUUUACAUAAAGACUUAGCCUAGCCACCUACAGGCAUUUCGACCAAGCCAUUUUCCAAGAAGAAUAUGAUUUUAGUUUUGAAAAAUGAAAAAAUAGUUGCAUAUGGUUCUUUGUGAGUAAAAUUACGAAUCUAAUAAUAAGGAAAUGACUAAACAAUAUUGCUCAUUAUUCAAUAAUGAGAAUAUUAAUUUUUAUUUACUAAAAGAUGGUUGUUUAUUAAAAAUAUUAAUGUAAUCUUUCAAAGAGCAGCCUAAAAUUCCAAAUUUUCUCCAAUUUAUGGCCUCCAAAUGAGACUUGUGUUUGGUGAAGGUUUUUGACUGACUUUGAAAGGAAAAAAAAGUGGGUGUCCUUAAGACCGUAAGACACAGGAGUGGAAGUAAGGCCAUUCAGCCCAUUGAGUCUACUUCAUCAUUCAAUCAUGGCUGAUGGGCAUUUCAAUGCUUCAUACCGCACUCUCCCCAUAUCCCUUAAUUCCUUGUGAAUUCGUUCCCACUAAUCUAUCUCCCAUAUUCCAGUGAUGGGCAAGGAAUCAAGCAGCAUGCUUUUCCUUACAUCCAUGAGGCCCUGAAAUGGCCAAAUGAAAACCAUUUAAUGGAUUAUUCCACUUCUUCAGCUAUUUUAUCUGUGGUAAAGAAAAGGUGGAGCAAGGCAGGUAGCCUGUCAGAUUUUACUGUGUGGGUUGCUUUUAGGACGCAAGGAAGGGGAACCUUUUUGGGGAGGGUUCCCUGUGCUAAUCACAGGAACACCCCAUCUGAAAGUUGUACCACAUUUUAACCCUCCUUGCCAGUUUGUCAAACUUGAUACCACAACUCUCUUUUCUCCACCUCACUGCUGUCUGCCAGCUGUCUCUACCCAACAUCACAAAUUUACCUUUCUCCAUGUUUGCACUCUUUCAUUACAUCUCCUUGGGAACUGCCUGUUUUCCCAUCAGUGGCUGCCAAAUCAUUCUGGCACUGCUGGGACUACAGAAAAGCUGGCCAAUCUGGCAGGCACAACGAUGGCACUUCCUCCAAAAUGAAACUAGAAGACCACUUUGAAACAACUAAGGCUGCUUCCAAUGUAAUAUUGCUUCAGAUCAAUGGGGUUUCAGGUGAUAAGGCUGACAACUAACUUUGCAUUUGGUUGGGGGAUGAAUUUGGAAAUGUGGCACACCUAAAUAUCCAGUGUUAGAAAGGAGCCAAACAUGUGAAUGAUAAUCCAUCUUCCAACUAAUUGUCACUACUGCAUGAUUAUAUAUCUAUUUGUAAGAAUGAUAUAUUCUUCUCUAGAAGUGGACACCGAAUCCUGCAAAGUGAGUCUUGGACAUCAUAGGUUUGUCCCUGUUUAUUCACUAUGCCCAAGGCGGCAGACAGGCUGACAUGUCAUCUCAGCAUGAACCACAACUGGAAAAUUUAGAAUUCAGUUAAACCCUUGGACAACACAUUAGAUCCUUCUAAUGGUCUGUGAAUUCAAAGCCUCUGGAAAAAACACACUGGAAGGACACAAUAGGUAAUCCCAGCAUAACUGACAGUGAUUCAAAGUGAACAUAGCAAAUAUUUUGUUUUAUUUGUGAUAAGAGCUUUGUGAGACAUUACUUUCUCAAAUCUCCAAGAACAACUUGAAGAGAUGUCAUCAGAGACAGAAUUUUCAAUGGAGAGACAGAGAAAAACAAUUCAGUUGAAAGACUGGUAUACUUAACCAUGUUACCAAGGACCACAACCCACAGUGACACAAAAACAAAAUGAAGGACCCUCAAACAGCAUUCCUCCUAAUUUUCUUACUGGCUGGAUGGGCCUCCCAUGUCAGCAACUUUCCGAAUCAGAAGUCAAUGCCACUUUCAGAACAUUGGAGCAGCUACAGUGCAUAUAGCCGUACAGCUUAGAGGAAAGAUUGCCUUCCACUUUCUCUCAAUACCUGUGCUGCUCAGUUCACCUGAGGGAGAAACAUUCAACUAUUCAAUUGCAAAAGCUAUAACAGCUGCUGAAUGUAGUUUUUAACAUCUUCACCUCAGAAAGCGACAUCUUCAAGUAAGCAACAGACAUGCAAAGACAGCCGAAUGAUCCUACUUUCAUCCUCUUAAGUAGCUUUCUUUUCUCCUGACCUACUUUUAAUCUUUGUAUCCCUAUAUUUUAGCUAAAAAUUGUCACUUUUUUUUAUUUAACUUUCGGCAAUAGUUGCAUAAUAAAUAACUUUUAACUUGUUUAAUA